UGCCCACCAAUCCGACCGCGACACGCGUCCCAGCACGGUUACGGGAGCCCCGCGUCCCACGCGCCCAAGCUAUAAUAGGAGCUCCCUCGCCGCGCGGCCGCAGGGGAUCGCCGACCACUCGCCGCCGCUUCCAGCCGUCCCCCCUCACCCUCUGCAAAGCCCAUAGACAAUUGAUCUCAUGUAUUCAGGAAGAACAGUGGCAUCCAGAGUUUCCUGUUCAUCGGGAAACAACGGAAGCUUCCCACCUUGCCUUCUCCCAGGAUUCCUUGGUUUCCCUGUUGUCUCCGUGAACUUCCACUUGUUCAAGGCCAUUGUUCGCAGCCCUGCAUCUUCCGUUGUCUUGGGUAUCUCUGGAGGGAACCUCCCUUAGAGAGAGCUGCCUCAUAAAGACUUUGUUGUAAUUUGAGAAUCGAGAGUCACUCAGCUACCGGUCGCUGAAAUUCUUCCGUGGCAUCAAGACCCUAAACUGCUGAAUCUCGGGCGCUUGAAGAUGGUUUCCUCUGAGAUAAAUUCUGUUACAACAACUCAUGCACAGGGGCCCAAGCUCUUCACAGGGACCAUAAUUCUGCCAAAAGGGCCUCCAGAUGUUGUAGUUCCUGAAAAUAUUGAGUUUGAUUUUAAUGAUGUUUUUGGUGCCACGGCAGUCCAGACACCCACAGAAGUAAGCAUUCUCACUCCAGAGAGCCCUGCACCUUUCGCUGAGUCCAGUGAUGAGGUAUACAAUGAUCCUGUAGUCAUUACCAAGCGAUCUCAUUCUCUUGUUGGUCCAACCUCACUUGUUAGCCAGUCCUUGCCACUUAGUAAGCUUACACUGCAUGAGACGGAUAGCACGCCAGAUCUUUUAGAGUGUCUUUCUAAAGAAAAGGAAAGUAAUCAGGAUCAACUUAGUGAUGAAGAGCUAACCAAUCCAAAAAAGGAGAACGAGGUUGUUGGACUCGAUGACUUUGAAGUCUUGAAGCUUGUGGGCCAAGGGGCAUUUGGCAAAGUCUAUCAGGUGAGAAAGAAAGGUACUUCUGAAAUAUAUGCAAUGAAAGUCAUGAGGAAGGACAAGAUUUUGGAGAAGAACCAUGCUGAGUACAUGAAAGCCGAGAGAGAUAUACUGACAAAAGUUGAUCAUCCUUUUGUGGUGCAGCUGAGAUGCUCCUUUCAGACAAAGUACCGACUUUACCUUGUCCUGGACUUUGUGAAUGGGGGCCAUCUCUUCUUCCAGCUUUACCAACAGGGCUUGUUUAGGGAGGAACUUGCGCGCAUCUAUACUGCUGAAAUCGUAUCUGCUGUAUCCCACCUUCAUGCCAAUGGGAUUAUGCAUAGAGAUCUGAAGCCUGAGAACAUCUUAUUGGAUGAUCAUGGUCAUGCCAUGCUGACCGAUUUUGGUCUGGCAAAGGAAUUUGAUGAAAACACUAGAUCAAACUCAAUGUGUGGCACUGUGGAGUAUAUGGCUCCAGAAAUUGUUCAGGGCCGAGGUCAUGAUAAGGCUGCAGACUGGUGGAGCGUGGGGAUCCUUCUUUUUGAGAUGCUUACGGGCAAGCCCCCAUUUUUUGGUGGAAACAGGGACAAAAUUCAGCAGAAGAUCGUGAAGGAGAAGAUGAAACUUCCGGCUUAUUUGUCUAGUGAAGUCCAUUCUCUGUUGAAAGGCCUACUGCACAAGGAAGCUGGCAGGCGACUUGGAAGUGGACCAGGCGGCAGUGACGAAAUAAAGAACCACAAGUGGUUCAAGUCAGUAAACUGGAAGAGACUCGAGGCUCGACAGAUCCAGCCAAGCUUCUGCCCUAAUGUUGCUGGUCAGACCUGCAUCGCAAACUUCGACGAGUGCUGGACGAGUAUGCCCGUGCAGGACUCUCCGGUGGCCAGCCCCGUCGCUGCAGACAGUAACUUCCUGGGGUUCAGUUACGUGCGGCCCGCGCCAUUCCUUCAAAGGCCGAGUCCUCUAGGCUGAAGGACUACUCUAUGCAGUAAUGAAUAAACUAUGAAAUCUCAGUAUCUUUUCCUUGCUCAAGACAGUAAAAUGAAUCUGUUUGCUUGUUAGGAGGCUCAUUUGUCUAUCGCCUGAGACUGACAAUUUAUCUCUUGUUAGUCUACAGAGGUCCAUCUUCAUUAAGAUAAUGUAUCUCUUGUUAGGAGUAAAGAAAGGGCUCAACAGUCAA